CUCCCUUCUUUUCUUCCUUCUUUCCAUUCCUUCUAUACAUCCUUCAUUCUCUUUCCUUUCCUCCCUCCCUUCAUUCAUCCCUCCAUCCUUCUUCUCCUUCCGAGGGCGCUGUGUCUUGGGCCAUGGAUCCUUCUUCCCUGCUCUGUUCGGGGGGUUUCCGCCAGAAGCGCCGUUCCCGUUCCCAGCGUGACCACCGCCGCCACCGCCGCCGCCGCCUCGAGGGCUGCAAGGGGGGCUUCCAGGCGGAGGACGGAGGAGCAGGAGCAGCAGAGGCCCCCCUUCCUCCUCGCAGCCCUAGGCCCCUAGGCCACCGCCGCCAUCGCCGUCGCCGCCGCCCGCCAUCGCUCUUCUCUUCUUCCUCCUCCUCCUGCUCUUCUUCUUCUUCCUCUGGAUCGGAGCCCGACCCUCCUGGGCCCCUCCUGGGCCCUCCUCCUCGGCCCCUGGCCCCUCGGCCCCGGCCCCCGAGGAGGAAGCGCAGGCAGUCAUCCUCCCCUGAAGAGGACAUCAUUGACGGAUUUGCCAUGGCCAGCUUCGUCUCCUUCGAAGCUCUCGAGAAGGAUGUACCUGUGAAGCCUGUUGACCCUGUGGAAAGCCAUCAGAAUCCCUUGGAGAAGAAGAAACGGAACAUGCUUUCUAAUGGACUGCUGUAUCAUCUGAAAAAAAACAGACCGCACCGCCAUCGCUACGGUUCGGACCGGGAGAACGAUCGCAACCUUUGCCAGCAUCUCAGAAAAAGAAAGAAGCUCUUGAAAGGUCUCAGACAGCUUAAUCCAAGCCAGAACGGCUGCCGGGACAGUGACAGCGAAAGCGCCAGCGGUGAAUCCAAAGAGUUCCAGCGGAGCAGUUCCCGAGAGAGACUCAGCGAUACUUCGGCUUCGUCCAGCUUGGGGACCGGCUACUUUGGAUUAGCAAAGGAGCAGUGCGCACUCCGGGGAUGGAUGAGAAAUGUGUCUUCCUUUUGCAAAGGGAACAACACCUCCCACAAAGCCCCCCAAAUCCCAAAUGGGAUCUAUCCAGUUCAUACCGCCUGGACCCAAUGCGGUUUGUGGCCUGAUGUUUAUAUAUGUCCAGAUUACAGAAGGCAUUGGUGCACCGACCAUGAAGAAAUGUUUUUGUUUGCACACAUGUAUACAUACAUGCUUUACUCAAGAAGUGCAAUGCAGGGAUCAUCAGCAUUGAGGCCAUGCUAUUGAGGACGCAGCUGUGCUGGGCAGGACACGUUUCUAGGAUGAAGGACCAUCGCCUCCCCAAAAUAGUACUCUAUGGUGAACCCGCCAUGGGUCAAGAGCGUAAGAGAGGCACCCCAAAGAAGAGAUACAAGGACUCACUGAAACAUCAUCUCAGGCUUGGCCAAAUUGACCACCAACAAUGGUCCUCCCUGGCCU